UUGAAUAUCCGAUCUCUACUUCGAAAAUAUGCCGCUUGUAGCAUUUGCAUGCAUACAAAUGAGCUUACCAUACAAUUUCAAGAAAAGCAAGGAGUCCAAUCUGAUCAAGAUUCUUGGAUGUCUACAUGGUGUUAAGCGGCUCAAUCUCGAUGGUUUUCUUCUACAGUUUUUAGCUGCAGGUGAUGUACCAGAGAGGCUUCCAACUACGUAUUAUUGUCUGAAGAAUCUGUUAUUGAGCAUAAAUUUCCAAAAUGUGGAUGAUUUAUUGGUGGCUUUUUGCUUAUUUAGAAGCUCUACUAAUUUGCAUGAACUCAACAUCCACAUGAGUUCCUUUCUCUUUCAACUAUUUUUCAUAGAGGCAUCAGGCAACAACACAGGGAACAAGUUAGAGUGGACAUCCACCGUUGAUUUGCAUUCGGGGCCCACUGUGUUGUGUGUAUAUAAUAUAAGUCGUUGCAACCCUUCAUGAUGUGGACUGGAUGAAUUGUCAGGCAAAAUAUCAGACUGUUUCACAACUCAGGUGGGGCCCUAGCGAAAAUGAAGGGUGUGCAUCUCUACCUUGUUCCCAUUUCUAUGGCUCAUCUGAGUUUUGGGCUCUUGGAGCUACUUGAGGUGAUGCAUCUGAUAGAUGGGUUGGAUGGUGUUCAGCACGGACCCCACUUCUGCCCAAUACCACAUCUGAUAGACGGCUCACCUCUUUUCACUAUGGUUUGAAAUAUGAAUGAAUGUGAUGAGAAAUGCCAAGGCAGUUUGUGGGCAAUUAGCACAUGUCCGUACUUGGCACACAUUUGCAAGAUCUGAGAUAUCCGUUGGGGGGCCACACCUCAUUGACGUCCCUGAUCUUGCACACGGUAUGCUACAUGCACAACCGAGAGUUGUCUUCCUGCAUUUUACAUGUCCAUGGCUAGAGCUGUACACAAACCGAGUUAGCUCAGUUAACUUGCUCAACUUGACUCAGCUUGAAACUAGGAUCGAGCCGAGUCAAGCUGAUUUUUUAAGCUCGAAAAAAUUUCGAGAUGAUUCAAGCUGAUUUUUUUAAGUUCGAAAAAAUUUUGAGCCAAGUCAAGCUAAUUUUUUAAGCUCGAAAAAAUUUCAAGCCGAGUCCAAGUUACGCUUAACUCGACUCGACUCGGCUCAGAACUUGAUUCGAACUUGAUUCAGUUUGAAUCAGUUCAACUUGGAUCGGGUUCACUUAAUAUAAAUAUUUUGUAUAUAUUUAUAUACUUAAAUAAAUUGUAUAUUAUUUGUACUAUAAUAUAUAUUAUAUAUUAUAUAUAUUAAAAACUAUAAAACCUAAACUCGAACUCAGCUCACAGGCUUGAACUUGAAUUCGACUUGAAAUAUCGAGCUCGAGCUUGAAGUUGGCUCAAGCUGAGCUGAGCUGCUAAGUCAGGCUUGAGGACCAAGCCGAACCAAAUUCAAGCUGGCAUAGCCUGCUGGCCGAGCCGAGCUGAGCUGGGCCAAGCUCGACUCGGUUCGACUUGUGUACAACUCUAUCCAUGGCAAUCACUAUUUGAGUGUCUGCAUGGUCUAACAAACUUGUUUGUGAUUUGGUGG